AUGCCUCCACCAGCGGAUGCAUCGUCGAUUCCUGUUCCCGAGGAGGCCUCGGGCAGCGUGUCGAGUUCCACGUCGCUCCCAUGGUCCAGUCUUCCUAAGUUCAUUCCUGGAACGACGAAUGUCCAGGAAUACACUCAAAAGAUGAAAUUCAUUGCCAGCAUCUGGCCAAAGGAGCAUCUUGAGGUGCUAGCGCCCCGUGCGGCGUUGUUGGUUGAAGGUGCGGCCUUCCACAAGGUCAUGAGGAUUUCACCUGAAAAGUUGAAGACCAAUUCCGUUGACGGGGUCAUCACCCUGGUUGAGACUCUAGGUGGAUCCUGGGGCAUGACCAUGUUGGAAGAACAGUAUGAAACUUUUGAGCGAGCCCUCUAUGGCACCCUGCAGAAGAGCGACGAGAGCCACGACUCGUAUGUCGCCAGAUCAGAGGUGCAUUUUGAAGAGCUGCUUGCAAGGGGCACGACCCUUGAGGAGAUUCGAGCGUAUGUCCUUUUACGCCAGUCGACAUUGUCACCCGAUGACCGCAAGAAGAUUGUUCUUGACCAAGGUGGCAAGUUGAGGUAUCCUGAGGUGACUAAGGCCUCUCGUUUGCUGGGCAGCCCUUUUUUCCAAGAUUUGCAGGGCAACAAGAGUUCAAAGACUAAGGUCUAUGAUGUCAAUUUGACAGAAUGUGAUAGCGAACCGGCUUUUGCUGCCUCCCAUGAUGCAGAAUCAGGGGUCUCGCAUCCAGCGUCAUCGACGGAAGCACUCACCUUCUUGACUGCGUUGGACGACGAAGUUGAUGGAGAUUACAUUGAAGCACUAACCCGUGAGAGUGCGAACCUGGCUGAAGCAUCUUUUGAUUCAGGCAUGCCACCACUUUUGGAAAGCCUUUCGGAUCCAGCUGAAGAUGUUUUGGAAGUGUUUUCCGAUGCCUCUCAGGCCAGUGUCGAUCGACCAACCGAUUUCGAGAGCAUUGUUGAAGGGAGUAAGGGGAUUCGACAGGUGUCGGAGGUCCUAAUCCAAGUCCUCUCGAUGCUUCUGCAUUGCAGUCUCCAGAUCAUGGAGAAUCCGACAGCCAUCGAUGCCGAAGGGGACAUGCCGGUCAACGAACUCCAGACCAUGCUCAUCGAACUCCAGAGCCAACUCCAGAGCCAGAGGGCCAUGUUGGAAGAUGUUUUAGAACAGCGUCCAAAUCAGAGAGGCGCUUCCAGUCCGGCAAGAGCUGGAACAAUGCGCAAUCCUCCAUCACCGAGUCAAGCUCCAGGACUUCAAGCUCAAUCGGAGACCUCGGAGACAGCGUGGGAACUGUUGGUGACCGAAGAACUGAUGCAGCGUGCUCAAGUCCAAGCCGUCACGACACCCGUUCCGACAAUGACACCAGCCGCUGUGUCAACGGUCCGUGCAACGGGAACUUCAUCCUCGACUCCGAUGCCCAGCAUGUCCACACCGGGCACGGCGACCUCUCAGCCGCUGACCGAUCAGCACGUGCAGGCCUGGCCCGUGAUUCCCGAACCCGAUCAGCUGCCCAACCUGCCUCCAGCGUUGGGUAUGUGGGGAACCAAGCCAAUUGGCUGGGGAAAGAAGCACAAGGGGAAGGAUUACCGCACGGUGCGCAACGAGGACCCCGGAUAUGUCCAAUGGCUGAUUCAGCGGUUCGCAAGUUUAACUCCCGAACAGAAGGACUACGUGGCCUAUGUCCGAUCGAUGAACACGUGGCUCCGCACUGUCCAGCAGCGACAAUCAGCCAAUCGAAUUCCGAUUCAAUGA